GUGUCAUUUCCAUAGCGAGUGCUGAAAGAGAGUGGAUAAAUUGAGGCAGGUGAGAGUGGACACGAGACACUGAGAAGUAGCGCGGCAGGCACAGACAGCCCACCUGCGUUCAGCUCCACUUUUAACAGACUCCUAAGAGGAGGACAUUACAUUAUCAAGAGGAUUGCUGACAGCUCCAGAGCUGAUAAUGCAUUUGUGUCCUUAGGGAGGCGAAGUGAUGAGAAGAUAAAAGAGGAAUCACUGGAACAGGGAGAACACUAGAGCUCAAGUUAUCAGAACAGUGAAUCGGCACGAGAGUGGAAGACCAUAUUCCUGGGAAAUGGAGUCGAGCCCUGUGGUGUGGCACACCCAGGUGGUCCCGCUAGAAACAGACCUGGAGAGGGUGAGCUCUCAUCCCGAGUGCUCCAUCUGCUUCAACACCUACGACAACGUCUUCAAAACGCCAAAACAGUUGGACUGCACUCAUACCUUCUGCCUCGAAUGCCUCUCCCGCAUUAUGACCACCUCCAUGGACCCCCAAAACUCAAAAAUCUCCUGCCCCUUCUGCCGCCAGCCCACUACUAUUCCAAAAAAGGGGCCUCCGGCUUUGACCACCAGCCAGGAGGUGCUGUGCCGCCUGCCCGUCCACCAGCAGCAAGAGGAGCCCGUGUGGCUGGACGGAGAAAGGCUGUGCUACCAACGGCCAAUAGAUAUUCCAGGCGUGCCAGCAUUCUGCAUCUGUGUGGAUAUUGGGGCCAGCGGACAAAGCGGAGUAUCUUCUUCCCAAACUCGACCACGACUUGGCCUUCUGGAGCGGCUAAUGGAUUGGAAACGUUUGCUGCUCUUUAUAUUCCUCAUGAUGCUGCUGCUGGGGAUCGUUUUGUGGCCCCUGCAGUGCAUCGUCACGACGGGAUCCAUGCGUUGCGCGCCCCAGAACUUGCAGAUAUCUUCUACCACACCUUCUACCACUACAGUCAUUGGUUAAGUGAGACAGACACGUCUAGAUGAAUAUUGAACUUUCUAAAUCAGGAUGGCCAGUGUCAGUUUACAUCCAUACCGUUGUGCAAAGCCUGCUAGGUGCUAAAGGACUAAAGGCAAGCAGCUGGACUGUGGUAGAGAGUGAAAACUGUGUCAUGUGACGAAACUGAUCGAUCGUCAACGUGCAUCAAAACAAUGUUUUUAUGAAACAAAAGCAAAAACAAAGUAUGGUCACAUUAGUGAAGUUCUGGCGCAUAUUUGCAGGCAAAAAAGGUCUAGUCAGUAGUGUAAUAACGUGGUUGAAAGUAAAUUGUAAACCAAGCAAUUCACGAAUUUGCGAUACGUACAAAAAUCGCACAGAUUGCUAUUGAAAAGGCUGGACUUUGCUCAUGUGGCCGCAACUCAUUCCGAAGAAAACCACGUUUUUUUUACUUGUACAUUUAUGUAUAUAUUUUAUUUUAUCGUACUACAUUCUGUGAAGAGUAUUUUGUUUACAAAAAAUAAAUAAUCGUUGCUGUAAACCGCACAAGGAAGUUCAA